UGAGCGAGCAGGCCUGGGUCUAGGCGGCGCAAGACAGCGUCUUUGUAUGCGGAUUGUGGGGAUUUGGUCGGGGAUUUGCACGGGGAUUCCCGACCAGGCCUGUCACUUUGGCACGAGGUUAGACACCUUCGUAUCCUUUUCAGAGACCAGACCAUGGAAACGAUCGUGGUUGCUAAGAUCGUCUAUGAGACGUACCGCGCUUAUAAUGAUCACAAGGAGAAGGAAGCAAAGAAGAACGAUCCAGGACUGAUCUUUCACGCAAACGAUCAGAAAGGUGAUGCAAGAGUGUGGAAGAUCAAGAAACGUGUCAUCAUUCACGGAAGGCUGGUCUAUGGGAUGUACGACAGGUUCAGACGCAAACCUGCAAAAAAAUACAAGAAAUGGUGGACCAAGGUGCACUAUGAUCUGGUUCCCUUGGAGUCAGUAUUGACAGAGGAAGAACGUCAACUCUAUGCAAAAGAACUGGAGGCUGAGCGUCAGCACCAGUACUUCGGUGUCUUCCAACGAAAUAAGGACAGUCCUUUAGCCGAGGCUCCAGAGUGGGUAGUCGCCAUCCGGGGAACUGAGCCCGAGGCUUCGGUGGAUCUCUACAAUGAUGCCAAGAUUGUUCUGGAGACUCUGAACUCUUCAACAUUGAUCCCACUUCUGGAGUAUGUGGUCCGGCGUCUCAGUGAGCAACAUGGGAACUGCAACGUGCACGUGACGGGUCAUUCACUCGGGGCCGCAGCGGGCUUGCUGGUCUGUCGAAAGCUGGCACUCGAAGGCUGUGUGCUCGAGGGUCACUUCUUCAAUCCUCCGUUCACCACUCUGGAAUCGCUGGCGCGCAGCGCCGCACAUGUUGUGGAACGUGUAAUUAAAGAUGCAUUGCCGGAAAGGGUUGGACACUUCUAUGACCUUGUUAAGAGCACUGCUAAAUCAUUAUACCAUGCAGUGGCCGACGCCGACACCAAAAACACCGUCAGGAGAGAACAAGCAUUUGACGAUUUCAAUAAACUGGCCCAAGCCAAUUGGUCUCCGUAUCUCUAUGUGAACAAGCAUGACUUCAUCAGCAGAAAGUUUGUCUCACACUUCACGAAAAAAAUCCAAGGACCCGUCGGUGACGAUAGGGAGAAGUGGUACUCUUCCUUCACCGAGUUUAGCGAGAAGUUGCUGGGAGAGACGGAGACGUUCCAUCUGUUUCCUUCUGCACAUUUGGUUUUGACUAACACAACCUGUAUCCGGCCCGUUUCAGCACACAUGUUGUGGAACUGGAUCGAUCCAAAUCUCUCAUUUACAUUCGAGGACAUUGAUCUCAACCCACGACCUUCUUCUACCUAGAAGGGCAUGGGACGAAGGCCGAAACUAAUUGGACCUUGCCAAGCUAAGAGGACCGCAGCCUCAGCACACUCCAUGUUCCACUGUUCCCUGCAAUGCGUUCCCGAGUUUCGAAGCAGACGCGAUCGCGGCCAAAGCCUCCGAUCACGUAGUUCCUCAUGAAGGAUUCCAUAAGCACUAGUGGUUGUGGGUUCCACAACCACUAGUGCUUAUAUCAGGAUCCGGUAGGGAAAACAGAAAGUAGUGCGUCAUGUGUUAAUUUGGCGUGUGUAGCAUAGAAGUUUGUCGUAUGGUAUUCUCCAAGGCCUCUAUUAUUCUGGUUUUCCACUUCCUCGGCGGCCGACAGUAACUCUGAAGCUCUAGAAGUAGAAAGCUCCAAUGCCCAAAAGAGUUUCUUUCUAGGGAUAGAAGUUGGAUCCAAUUGCGAGCGACCUCAGAUAUUUAUUCAGUUGCGUCACGUUUAGUUUGCACUUUAGUGUGUCAUGUUUCUUUUAGGCCAUUAUAAGAGAGUCACAUAGAGCUUGAAUCGAAAAUCAAGCUCGAAUCGAAAGUCAAUCUCUCAAACGUGGAAGGGAGUAUGCUGCUAGGGAGAUUUGAAGGAGACUGUACUGACUGAGAAUGUAUCACAGCUCCCGAGCUCACCUGGUGAGCUCGGGAGGAGCAACUGGGGAGAAGAUUAGGGAUUUUUAAAAUUGCUACCUAUCCUCUGUUGUAAAUGCUACGAUAUGUAAAAUAUGUAAAUAUGUAAACA